AUUUGGAGAUACAUGUUUUUUUCCCCCCUCUGGACUGGGAGGGCAUGGCAAACUGUAAUCUGAAAAGUAACGAGUAACUAAAACUACCAAACACGUGUAGUGGAAUAAAAAGUAAGAAAUAAAAAUGAAAAAAAAAAAAAGAUGUAGAUGUCUGAGUUGUAGUUUAGUAGAAGUAAAUAGAAAUGCUGACGUAUGCAUACUCACGUGCAGUACUUGAGUAAAUGUACUCAAGUAACUUUUCCACCUCUAUUUCUGGUAACCUUACAAAAAUAAAAACAAGUCCGGAAACAGACGUAUCCGUCCUGUGUCACCUCAGAGCGGAUGAGCACUGGAGCUCAGAGGUAAAUGGACUCUUCAUUCACCUGCUCACUGGAGCGAGACCCUGGGGCGUGUGGCGCGUGGAGCCGAAACCACGUGCGCGACACGCCAUUCAAUUACUGCUGUUGUUGAUGCUCUCGAGGUGAUGGAGGAGGAGGAGGAGGAGGAGGAGGAGGAGAGUGGUUUGUUUCCUCCGCCCACUGCUCUGUCCUUUAAGAGCCGCUCUGAGCCAGCAGCAGCAGCAGCAGCAGCUUCUCCUCCUCCUCCACCUCCUCCUCACAUGGAGCAGAGCGGCUCCACACAGCUGUUUCACUGAGAAUGGAUGCCAACAUUGUCGUCAUGGGGACUGAAAGCGUCGGGAAAUCAGCUCUGACCGUGCGCCUCUUAACUCGGAGGUUCAUCGGAGAGUACGGAGACAUUGAGUCCAUCUACAGUCACAGCUUCAUGGUGGAUGGGAGGGAACUCACUCUCAACAUCUGGGAUUCACCUUAUACAGAGGACUUGUCAGCGGAGACGUCACUCCUCGAGAAGAAGAGGGUCCAGUGGGCAGACGGCUACGUUCUGGUCUACAGCAUCUGCGACAGGGCCAGUUUCAACACCGUCAGCAGGCUCAUUCAGUUCAUCAAGUCCACCAAAGACUACCUGAGCACAGACAAGGCGCCCAUAGUGAUCGUGGGCAACAAGCGGGACCUGCACCACAGGCGGACGGUGCUGAGCGAGGAGGGCUGGAUGCUGGCCCUCAAGACAGACUGCCACUUCUACGAGGUGUCGGCGGCCGAGAACUACCACAGCGUGCUGAUGGUGUUUCACGGGCUGGUGGACAGGAUGAAGGACGCUAAGCUGACGAUGAAGAGGCCUCUGGGCCUCAGGGGCAUCGUGAAGAGCAUGUCCGCGGUGUUCGCAAGGAGACGGACAGACUCCUUUUAGCAGAACCACGACAGAGGAGGAGGGAGACUUCUGUAAAUCAUCAGAGGAGGGGACACACAUUACGCUUGUUUGACUGGACGGAUGUCACGGUCUGUCAAAUGUGUCACCAGAGGUAACAGGGAAGUCUCUUGAGGCCGAGACGCUGCGGAGACGGGAGCUGUGUUUCUCCAAGAAGCGUGAAAAGACCCCGAAGAAGGAAAAACAAUGUCACAGAGGUUACAGAUGUUUUCUGGUGACAGCACUUCGAGCCAUACGAGACUGAUGAGACGAUGUUUAAUAAACCAGCCGUGGCGUCAGAUCGAAUGAAAUUCUAUGCACACAUUAACUGUGCCUUUACUUAUGGUGAUGACCAAAGAUAACAUCCAAAAACUCACAAUAGAAACUUUUCUGCUGCUGGAAAAAGUGACUGAAACGUGUCCUGACCGAUCAAGUCCAUCGAUUUCUGGAGAGUAAAACCCACAUAUUUGUAUUUAUUCAAGUCUAAACACUGUAAAAAUGAACAAAUUGAGUGUUUUAUAUAUAUAUAUUUGUACAUAUAUAUAUAUAUAUAUAUAUAUAUAUAUAUAUAUAUAUAUAUAUAUUCACAUUUAAUUACUUGAUUAUGGUUCAUGUACUGUUGGUGUUGUUUGUCUAAACCAUGUUUUAUUGCUGACGAGGACUGAAAUAAAGCAUAUAAUGUUG